UGUUCUGAUCAAUACAUGGCGAAUCCGCAGCCCAAAUCACACAUGCACGUUGAAUCCAGCACUAGUUCUUCUCCCAAGUACAAAGGCGUACGACUACGUAAAUGGGGGAAAUGGGUGUCCGAAAUCCGACUCCCGAACUGCCGCGAACGUAUCUGGCUAGGUUCUUACGACUCGCCGGAGAAAGCCGCUCGGGCGUUCGAUGCCGCACAAUAUUGUUUGCGUGGCAACAAAGCUAAGUUCAAUUUUCCCGACAAUCCUCCGGAUAUUGUCGGGGGAAGGUCGCUUAGUCCGCUCGAAAUCCAAGCGGUCGCGUCUAAGUUCGCGAACGAGUCGACUAAUAACAGCGCUUCCGAUAACAACAAUGUGGGAACGACGACGGGACAGUACGCGUUGUCUUCGUCGGAUGGGGGAGGCGCCGCCAUACAAGUUGAGUGCAAUGAAACGAUGGAUUGGUCGUCGUUUUUGAGCAUGUUGGAUAUCAACGAAGGGAUGUCCGACUAUGGCUUUUAUCCGGGGGUCGGUGACCAAUUUUAUCCUUCGCCGGUUUACGACGAAGCCGACGAUAAUGUUAACGGCGACGGCGACGGGUUUUCUCAGCAGUCAUCGUUUCUUUGGAACUUCUAAAGGCCAAAA